AUGUAUAAGCAUUUAUUCAAAGUUAACGCAUCCACAGCUGCUAGGCUGAUUAAACAGCAGCAGCGUCAUCUCAAAUCGUAUGCAGCUAGAUAUCUAGCUACUACUACUACUACGCCUCCACCCACGACAUCCACAUCCCCAUCUAAGUCAGAAUCCAAUGCCGGUGCUGCUGCUGCUACCACUGCAACUCCAGUUAAUAGACAUGUCUCCACACCUUUGGAUAUACCUGCUGAAGUACAACCCCCAGCUGGUUCAUCACUUAGUUUGAAAUCGGCCACUCGUGACCCAUCCAAAUUUGGUACUCGUCCUAUUUACUUGGAUGUACAAGCAACAACGCCAACUGAUCCACGUGUAUUGGACAAGAUGUUGGAAUUUUACACUGGUUUAUAUGGAAAUCCUCAUUCAUCAACCCAUGCUUAUGGGUGGGAAACUGAUAAAGAGGUUGAAAAGGCUAGAGCCUAUGUUGCUAGUGUAAUAAAUGCUGAUCCUAAGGAAAUUAUCUUUACUAGUGGUGCUACUGAAACCAACAAUAUGGCUAUUAAAGGUGUACCACGUUUCUACAGAAAAACCAAAAGACAUAUUAUCACCACCCAAACUGAACACAAGUGUGUUUUGGAUUCAGCAAGACAUAUGCAAGAUGAAGGGUUUGAAGUUACUUACUUACCAGUGAAUUCCGAGGGACUUAUCAACUUGGAUGAUUUAAGAAAAGCCAUUAGAAAAGACACCUGUCUUGUUUCAAUUAUGGCUGUCAAUAAUGAAAUUGGUGUUAUACAACCGUUGAAGGAAAUUGGAGAAAUUUGUCGUGAAAAUAAAGUGUUUUUCCAUACUGAUGCUGCUCAAGCUUAUGGUAAAAUUCCAAUUGAUGUUAAUGAAAUGAAGAUUGAUCUCUUAUCUAUUUCAUCACACAAGAUUUAUGGUCCAAAGGGUAUUGGUGCUUGUUAUAUCAGAAGAAGACCAAGAGUUAGAUUGGAUCCAAUUAUUACCGGUGGUGGACAAGAAAGAGGUUUAAGAUCAGGUACUUUGGCUCCACCUUUAGUUGCUGGUUUCGGUGAAGCUGCCAGACUAAUUAAAGAAGAAGGUGCUUAUGAUAAAAAACAUAUUGAAAAACUAUCAACCAAGUUGAGAGAAGGUUUAUUAUCCAUCCCGUCAACUAUUCUUAAUGGAUCAACCAACCCUAAAUCUCAAUACCCAGGUUGUGUCAAUGUAUCAUUUGCUUAUAUUGAAGGUGAAUCUUUAUUAAUGGCAUUGAAAGAUAUUGCAUUAAGUUCAGGUUCAGCAUGUACUUCAGCCUCGUUAGAGCCUUCAUAUGUUCUUCAUGCCUUAGGUGCUGAUGAUGCUUUAGCUCAUUCUUCAAUUAGAUUUGGUAUUGGAAGAUUUACUACUGAAAGUGAAGUUGAUUACGUUAUACAAGCUAUUAAUGAACGUGUUGAUUUCUUGAGGAAAAUGUCACCAUUAUGGGAAAUGGUACAAGAGGGUAUUGACUUGGACUCAAUUGAAUGGAGUGGUCAUUAA